AUGACGGCAACUACAAGACGAACGAUCCGGGGCACGGCUGGGUUAACGGUCAACAAGUGGAACCUGAGCGCCUUGGAGCACCUGGUUUACGAGCCGUGGCGGCAAUGGGACAACAGGAACAGAGAUAUGUAUGAUCGCUUUCUUGCACUUUCCGUCAAACAUCUUCCCAAAACUCUCAAGAAGAUUUCCGUCUUUGAAGACUUUAGCGACAGCCUUGCUGCGAUACUAAUGGAAGACGGAAAUUCAAACGCCGGUGCGCCCAUGCACAUACAGGGAGAGGUCGUCCGGGUCGCAAAUCCACGAGUUGGCACGGCCUUUGCCUCCAGAAGCUGCGACCUCGAACAGCUCUCGGUGUCGUAUCUGGUGAACGCCGAGGACUUCUUUGGCGCUUGCCUGCCAUCCUGGACUUGGCCGCGCCUCGAGUCUCUCGCCCUCACCUCGCAGCUCCUUUAUCACAGUUGA